CCUGCUGUCUGAGGCGAAAUCGGCGCCACACUUGACGAGGUCGGUGGGGCGUCUAAUUAUCGCGCUCAAGUGCCGUCUGCGUGUGAGCAGUCUGCUCAACGACCUGUGGUCACUGCAGACCCACUUUUAACAGAAUACUAGACACACUGAAAUACCUCGAAGGAUGUCUGGGAACACUGGGAAUAUGGAUUGCGAGAGUUGUUCAUCUUCUACACAUGGAACCAACAAAACGGAGUUACAUCUGCACUCAUCAUCUGCUGAUGAGGACGACGAACUUCUGAGAUACAUCUGGACGGAGUACUUACACCCCAAGCAGUAUGAAUGGGUUCUCAUAGUAGCUUACAUUGUUGUUUUCUUCGUUUCACUCAUUGGAAACUCGCUGGUUUGUUUUGCAGUGUGGAAAAACCGUCACAUGCGGACUGUGACCAACUAUUUCAUAGUCAAUCUCUCAUUUGCUGAUGUCUUGGUCACCAUCAUCUGCCUGCCUGCGAGUCUUGUGGUAGACAUCACAGAGACGUGGUUCUUUGGAAACAUGCUUUGUAAAGUUGUGCCUUAUCUGCAGACCAUCUCUGUUUCUGUAUCAGUUCUAACACUGAGUUGCAUCGCCCAAGACCGCUGGUAUGCUAUCUGCCAUCCACUAAUGUUCAAAAGCACAGCCAAGAGGGCUCGCCAGAGUAUUGCCCUCAUCUGGGUUGUGUCAUGCAUCAUUAUGAUCCCUCAAGCUAUUGUGAUGGAGAGCAGCAGUUUGCUACCUGAACUCACAAACAAGACCAGCCUGUUCACAGUGUGUGAUGAACACUGGGGAGCUGAGAUCUACCCAAAGGUGUAUCACACCUGUUUCUUCAUUGUCACAUACUUUGCACCAUUAUGUCUCAUGGUCCUGGCGUAUAUCCAGAUAUGUCACAAGCUGUGGUGUCAGCAGAUCCCUGGAAGCACAUCUGCGUUGCAGAAGUGGAGGUCCAUCCAGUGCUCUGCGCCACCUCCAGGGCAGAGUGUGUCUGUAAGGGUGAGGACCAGCACAGCUAGUGCGGAGAUCAAACAGGUUCGAGCCCGACGCAAGACAGCGCGCAUGCUGAUGGUGGUGCUCUUUGUUUUCGCCCUGUGCUACCUGCCAAUCAGCGUGCUCAAUGUCAUGAAAAGAGUCUUUGGGACUUUCAAGAAUGCAAAUGACAGAGAAACAGUGUAUGCAUGGUUCACUUUCUCACAUUGGCUCAUAUACGCCAACAGUGCAGCAAAUCCUAUCAUCUACAAUUUCCUCAGUGGAAAAUUCCGUGACGAGUUCAAAGCAGCCUUUUCUUUCCAUUGUUAUGGCCAAGGCCAAGAUCGAACUAACAGGAUAAGGACCAGAACGAGCACAGACAGCCGAAAAUCCCAAUCAACUCAUAUUAACAUGGACAAUGUGUCACACCUAUCAGAUCAGAUAGUGUAGUCCUCUAACCCAGGUGAGGGGACUUUCUGACCGAUGCCAGCUUCAAAAGACACACUCAUCCUUACAGUACACUUAUAAACAGCUCGGCUCUCUCCACCAGCCUUGACUUCUGGACCAAAAUCUAUAAUAAUAAUCUUCUCUGUGACCAGUAACACAAAUGUACAGCAGUACAAGACACGUCAGCACAGUACAGGACUCCUGUCAUCUAAGGAAAAGUUUUUAAAAUGGGCUUAAAGGAUACAAACACCUGUUGACAAUGCACCUGCCAAACAGUUCACUCCCUCUGGAUACCGGUGACAGAGAAACUCUCCACUAUCUUGAUCUGUAGAAUCCCUCCAGCUUCAUCAUUCUGUUUGCUCAGUAAUAUAACACCAGCUGACAGCACAAACAUAUCCCUUAUUUCUUUAACUAUCACCAGGAAAACGAUCCCUCUAAAUUGGAAAUCUUAAAAAAAAAAAAAAAAAAAAUCACUACAUAUCAUAUGCCAGUAUCCUCCUUCUCUUUAUUAUUUAUUUAUUUGUUUAGAAUUUAUUUUUCUCUCUUAUUCACCCUCUUAAACCUACUACUAGCUCACUGCCUACACCCCUUAUUUUAUAGUUCUUUCCUCCUUUACCCCAUUUACAUUCUGAACACACCCACACAUCACCUGCACACUUGAUUUACUGGCUUGCUUGCAUUCUUUGCUCCAUCUAUAUAACCACCGUUUCGUCUUCUGUGUCCUGUCCUGUUAAUGUCCUAUGUUUGUGUGCAUGUUUUGUGUAGUAAAAAAAAAAAAAAAGGUUUAAAUCUAAUUCUAAAAACAGAAUGUCUCCAAAUUGUUGUUUUGUGUUUGGUAAUUUUCAUGAGGACACUUUAUAGAAACUAUGAGCUUUAGCUAACUGACUUUCUCAGUUCUUUUUUUGCUGUAAGAAUCUAUUUAUCAUCAAGGAAUUUGGAUGUUUAGUAUCGAAGAAUGUUUAAUGAUUAAGUGACAUGAUUUUUUUUUGUAUUUUAUUGAACUGUGAAUG